CUUUUUUAUAAAAAGAAUAAUUAAUUUGUAUAAAAUUUUUACAAUUCUAUAUCUUUACUAAAAAAAUAAAUAAAAAAUAAAUUAAUAGCUGCUAUAAUAGUAGAAUAACUUGAAUAAAUAAUGAUGAAAAUAGCAAAUUCAAUUUUAAUACUAUUUAUACUUAUUAGUAUUACUUACUCCAUUAAAAAUUAUAAGCUUCCUGCUAAUUUCUAAACAGAAUUCGAUACAUUUUUAUCAAAAUACAAAUCAGAUAGUAUUUCUAAAAAUGAUGUGAUAAAAUUUGUUUCUCCUAUUCUCAGAGGGACAGUGGAAAGACAUGAUAGAGAAUUAAUGUCUGCGAUAUCUAGAAAAUAUUUUAACUAAACAGAAGAAUUAAUGCUUACAAAAGAUAAUUUAAGACAAAUGGUUAUAAAAGAAAAAUUUGAAACCUUCAUUAAUGAUUUUGCUAUGAAUAUGUAUAAACAUUUAGUUUAGUUAUAUGACAUUGAAGAUGAUAUUACUGAAGCUGAUUUUGAAAGAAUGGUAGAAGAUCCUGAAUUAUAUGGAUUCAUAUGGGAGGAUUAUCUUAUUAUGACAGAAAAUGUUGAAGAGUUAUUAAUUGAAACAGAAUAUGAUUAAUCAGAUUUGGAUAGAGCAGUAAAUGAAUUAACUGAAUAAUGGAAAGUGUUUGAAAGUGAAUUAACUAAGGAAGAGUAAUAAACUUAAUAAAAAAAAACAGAUCUUUGAGCAUUUAAAUAAUAUUCAUUUAAUAAUAAUUUAAUAUUUUUUAAUGUAAUUUAUAAAUAACUCCCACAUUUUUAUAAUUUUUUGUGAAAUUUAUCUUAGUAUCUUUAAAUUAAAAUAAUCUUUUUAUUAUUUUGUUAAAUUAAAUU